UCAGGCAGUUAUAUGUUGUUGUGCUUCUUCAUUAAGGGACUGUGGUGCCAGAUGUUAAGAACAGAGCUGUAAUGGAGGCAGUGGAUGAUGCUGAGCUGCUGACUGGCAAACAGAAACGUGACUGAUACAGAUGGAUCUCAGGCUUCUGGCUCUGAUUACCCUGAUGACCUAGAGCUAAUCGGCAGUUGGCAGGAAAACCUCAUAAAAUAUAUGCAUGUGAAACAAAUACACAGAUGGAGCAUUCAAGGCAAAGAAAUGCUGCUUCUGUUGAAUCUUCAAACGAGCUUAACAUACGUAAAUUGUCAGCUGCUUCACCUGAGGUUUUGCUGGACAGCAGUGAUUCAGAAAUUGAUGUCUCUGUUGCUAGUGGCAGUGGGUACCAUCCCAAAUGUUCCACUGCCCCUGCAAAGCGAAAAAAGAAAUCUGAGUCUUCAAGGCAACAAGCUGAAGCUGUUGCAGGAGGGCCUGACAAUGAAAGCUCCUCAGAUUCCCCUCAGAGUCCACCAAAACCAUCAGAAACUCCAGAGAGGCCCAAGUCAAAAUUCGAUUUGAAAGCCAUUCUUGACUAUCACUUCAGGAGGAAAAAUGCCAAGGCUGAUGCAUGGCGAAGACACAUGCGUGGUGCAGAGAGGAAAAGUAAGAAGUCAAAGUAUGUGAGCACACAGAUGCCUGUGGGGAGGCCAGCACUGACCGCCUCACCUCAGGAGCGAAGGAGAAGGCUUCUAGACAGAGGUGUUCAGUUCCCUUUUUUUAAAAAACAUUAUGGGAAGACACAUAUUCCCCUGAGGAUGGUUCUUGGCUAUGAGCAAGCAGCAAUAAAGGGAUAUUUACGGUACGUUGAAAUGGUUAAAUAUGAAGACUGUCUUAAGAAAGCCUUAAAAGCCCUUCAGGCUAGUGAAGACUUGGAAAGACAAUGUGUGAUGGAACGGAGACACAAAUACUUGGAUGAUGAAGGCCCCAUUUCCCCUAUUCAGGAGACAAAUGAUAAUGAUGAUAGCUUGAAUUCUGAUAAUCAAGAAGACCAUGAUGUCACAGUAGUGGAGAACAGCGCUUUUAUUCUAAGUAGCAAAAUUCCCAGUAAGAAAAAAAGCCAGAAAAGAAACGUGCAAAAUUAACUGAAGUGAUUGAAGUAGAGGAGGAAUAUGACGGCAGCUGAAAACUUUGGGCUUCUGUGGGUUUACGUUGGUGAACAGGCAAAUGAGAUGGCAGUGGUCACUCAACGUAGUCGCCUUUAGUUUAAGUUUAUGGUGCUUUUGGAGGAGGAAAUGCCACCUGGUUUUCCUGAUGUAAAAGGCUCUGCAGAUUGAGCACAGCAGCUUUUGAGUGCUUCAGUUCCUACGGCUGUUAGCUGGUUUCUGAUGUACAGCUCUCUUACUUAAGUGGACUCCUGUGGAGCACAUCGGUGAAAGAGGUAAGUUGUGUUUCUGCUGAACUUCAGCAUAAGAGUAUCAGAUUUCUUCAGGCAAGUGCUAUUCCCACAGCAAAUAACCAGACUGGCUUAUGCACUGGAUGGUAUCUGCACCCAGCAGUGUUUUCCUGGUGGGGUGUUCAAAAAGCAGUGCUACAGUAUUUCAGCAGCUGGCAUCGUUGGUUUCCAUGCUGAUGUGCUGGUUAAACUUGGUAUUUCUGUUGAAACAAGUGCAUUAAAAGUUUCUUAUUACAAAGCUUGUAAAAUGCAACAUUGAGGAACUAUAAUGAUAAUACUUCAAAAUAUUUCUUCUUAAAAGGGCAUUCCUGUGGUGUCUGGAACACAGUGGAAAGCAUCUGCUUGAGGGGAGUCUACCUGGUAGUCCAGUCUGAAGCAGCAUCUUGAUGGUAUGUGAUUAGAGAAGAUGACAGAAGAAAUGCAGGAUGCCAUUUCAUGGAAGUCUGAAGGCUCUUCUGGAGUUGGUACUGACUUGUGUUUUGAUACAAAUAGCAAAGAUGAGUCAAGUGGAAAAGCUUGGUGCUUUAGGAUACAGCGUAAAGUGGGUGUUGCUGUGUUGAAGGGAUAAGCUGCAGAAGAUUACCUGUGUGACAGCGUCUGCAUAGGGGAGGCCUGAGGAACCCCAAGUUGCCAUCAAAGUGAGUCUGAAGGUCCUGGUGAUGUUGCUGCAAGUCUGCUGCAGAGAACUGCAUGGUUCUUCUAAAAACAAAGAACCUGAUCCAGAGUGUUUCUUGCAGUAAUUUAUUAUUAACCACGGAGCCUAACUCCCCUCACUGCUUUGGACACUGAAGUAGUUUGCAGUGUUUGGAAACUGGCUCAGAAGCACAGGAGCCUUUGUCCUUACCCUCUGUCACAACUUGCCUGCAGUGCCCUUGUGGGAGAUGUGAAGCUGCCAGCUUGCUGUUGCAGAAGACCCAACUAAGAGUAUAGAUCAAGUUUUAAUCUGAGUGGAAAAGGCUUUAUCAGCUGUUUUCUCUCAGUUCCCUGUCCUGAAUC